AUGUCCUCCGGUGAACAGCAAUAUAAGUUUAAAUGGUUUAGUUCAGCGAUAUUGAUAUCUCUAUUUGCAGUCAUUUUGCAUUACAAAAUAUUUCGAGAGGUUCCUUCACCCUUCAUCUCACAAAACAAGACUACUAAAGAUAAUAUGAGUAACAAGAUACUAAGCAGUGCUUCCUCCGUCAUUGAUAUGAAGAAAUUGCCUGUUUAUUUCUUUUCCCAUGGCGGGCCUACUUUCAUGUACCCGGAAGAUGGUUUCGGAGGGAACCCUGAGGCAUAUCAUGUGGUUUCGAAGACCGGUAAAUUCAUCAAAGAAGUGAUAAAACCCAAAUUUAUUAUUGCAGUUUCUGCGCAUUGGCAAUCGUCUGGACCCAAUCUUAUCGAAGUCGCCGUUCCAGCCGGUGUGAGUGGUGUUUCUAAAGGUCUUUCAGAUGCAUUUCCCUCUGGACCCUCCAAAAAAAAUAGUCCAUUACUGGAUCCAAUGGAAAAUGACCUUAUUUACGACUUUUAUGGAUUUCCGGAUCAUAUGUACAAGGAAACUUUCCACAGCAAGUGUGAUGCGGAUUUAGCUCGCGACAUCGUGAGCGAAAUUAACAAUUCCGAUGGAACCUUGAAAGCGAAACUCUCGAAACGAGGAAUUGACCAUGGCGCUUGGGUGCCAUUCAAGGUAGCAUUUUCCUCUAAUAAGCCUGCUAAUGAGACAUGGGAUGUAGAUGUGCCCUUGGUUCAGGUUUCGAUGACAUCAAGCGAUGAUUUUGAUACACAUUACGAGUUGGGUAAGAUUUUGUCAAAGUAUAGAGAAAAUGGUGGUCAAAUCAUUGUUUCUGGUAUGAGUGUGCAUAAUUUACGCGAUUUUGGAAGAGCGGCAUCUCUUGGUCGUCCAAUGCCUUACGUUAAACAAUUCAACAAUCUGCUCACCGAUAUAUUCUCAAAACCUGGAGGAAAAUUGUCCUAUUUCAAAGAUAUAUUAAAAAAUUCUGAUACCCAUGAGCUUUUAUACUCUGCUCAUCCGACUUUGGAUCACUUUAUGCCAUUGAUUGUCGGCCUUGGUGCUGGGGAAGGUAUAAAAGGAGAUGAUCAAUAUACCGUGAAGCAGAUUUACACGGGUGAGACAUUAUCAUUGGGAUGGGGAUUAUAUCAGUUUGGAAACUACGAAGCUUGA